AGGAUUGUAACAACAUUGGAUUUUCUGUGCACACAUUCCAGUUUCUUUCAUUAAGAAUCCAAAUAAGAUUUUAUUACGUUAAAAUCGGUUGUUUAAGAGGUGUAUAAAUUUAAUAUUGGCACUUCUGGGACCGUAUCGAAAAAUUGAAGAUAGUGCUUGAUGAAACAUUCCGCUGCUCUUUGUGCAUCUGUUUCAACUAGAGUAAAAUGCAAUAUCGUAAUGUCUCAUCUUGGACAGAAAUGUGGUUGGAUUUUGUGGAGUUGCCAUGGGCAUUGAAAUAUUAAACAUUUGUGAUUGUAGGAUUAUUCCGAGACGUAAUCUUGAGAGGCAAAAUAACAACAUUCAAGGUCGAAUCGAAACUCGAGUGUUUUUAAAAGCAAAAUAACUGUAUAUUGGCAUGAAAUACAGACUAACAAUAUUACCAGCUAGUGACAGUUCAGGUGAGUGAUGUUUAAUGGGUCAUUUGUCAGUUGCACGUGCAUUUUCGGUUCGUCUGCUCUUUGCUUCACAUGGUGUAGUUUCAAUAUGGCGGCUUGCUAACGUCACAGACGAAAAUAAGUUCUGGUAUUUAGCGGGAACUCUAGUCCUUCUAUUUUUGGAAGCGAUGGUUACAUUGGUCAAACGUCAAGGAAAAGAGUGGAAAUGGUUCUGUCCAAGUGUUUUUAUCUAUCUAUUGACAUCUGUGCCGGCUAUUUGGUUUCUCGAGCUGCACGAAUUUGAUAAACGUGCACAGUACAUUGAACAGGCUAAGUUGUUGUCACAAAUGAGCAAUGAGACGAUAUAUUUUUCAAAUGGACUUCCAGAAUUACAAGAAGAUCUUAGUUCACCUAUUGGGUCAAUACUUGGGGUGAAAUUUGAGGUAAGAAUACCUAUCAAGUUGACACCAGAUCAAUGGAUACGAAUGCUAGAGCAGAUGUUAUUGCUUAUUUUGAUAUUGGGAAGAUGGCUUUUGCCGAAAGGAAAACUGACACAUGAUCAACUGUCACAGUUGCUGCUCGUCUAUAUAGGAACAGCGGCAGAUAUUGUCGAAUUCUUUGAGGCAUUUAAGGAAAAAGAGGUCAGAAACCACAAAAUACUCUGCAUUAUUAUUCUAGGGAUUUGGUCGACGAGUCUUGUGCAGUUUUCUUUAGUUCUCACGGCUUCACGCGCCCGUAAAGACCGCUCAACACUGUACAUGACAAAAUCAAAGGGAAGCAAGCGCGGCUGUUGUCAUGCGGACGUCUUUGGAAUUCUUAUCUCCAUCAUCUUGCAAGACUUACCGUUCUUGGUCUUGCGGAUGCUACUGAUUUUCAAAUAUAACGUAUUAAGCUACACAAAUAUGUUCUUCACAUCCAAAAAUACUCUUGUGAUAGCUUUGUUAAUGUACAGAUUGGUUGUAUUAUUCAUCAACAGGAACGAGCCGGAAAAAGAGAUUUCUGUAGAAACAGUGAAUGGUGAUAUAUCAUCGAUCCCGGAAUCCAGCACAUUCCGAAAAACAUCGGAAAUAAGGAAGAAACUUCUUGAAUACCACGUGAGCGAAAACUUUGAUCAUCAUAAAAGUCGACCAUCGUCAAAAGAAUACGAAGUGAUACCUGAGAAACAUAAAUGGGGCCGUUCGUAUCAUUUUGAGUUGAUGCAAAUUUAAAUAUUGUCAGAUCUGAAAAUUCUACAUAUCAUUCAUAUGCUGUCUUUCUUAUUAGUUGUUAGCAACAUAAAAUAUACAUUUUUAUGUUUUACAUUAUGUGUAACUUAAGAUAAAUAAUAUUGUUUGACAUCAUUACUACUGGUAAACUUUAUUCGACAUCUUUUAGUUUUUCAUUAAAGUAUUGCAUGGAGGUUAUCUGAUAUAUACUCUAAACCUGUACAUAUCAACAAUGGGCGGAUUAAACUUGUAACAAAUCAAUAUUAUGAACAUUAAUUUUGUUCAGGCUGUUAAUGAGAUGAAUAUUUGAUUGAUAAGAACAAGUAAUAAAUUUGUCAUUAAAAUUUCUGACCACUUCACAGCUGCGUACAUAUCUAUCAACUGAAUCAACUGAUUGACUUUACUGUUAUCCUGGGGGAGGGAGGUUUAAAGGGUCAUUAAACGGGUCGUGUUGGAAUUUUUUUUUAAGUUAAUAUUUAUAAAAAUGGUGUAACCUUAUCCUGCCGCAACCCAGAGCUCAACCCGGGGUUGAAGUAUGUUUUAUGGCAGGAAUAUUAACAAGUUCUGUCGCAACUUAGAGUAUUAGAAAACGUAUAAGGGCAGGUAUUCGUUUACAAGUUUUAAAGACAUCCAGAGUAUAAGUUCGUGUAAAGACAGGAAUUCGUUUACAACUUCUGCCGAAUUCGUUAACAAGUUUUGCAGAAAUCCCAGCUAUACAUGUAAGUAUCAUACACUUUCUCCACGUAUAAGU